CAUCAAUCGCCCCUACUUCACCUUCUCGAAUGAAUCGUCCUUGCUCUUCGCGAGUCACCACCUGCUUCUACGGCCCAUCCCCGACACCGCCUUUCUCGUUUCCGAGUGCGCCGGAGUCAAUGCACGUCGAUUUCUGAGCACAGAUUCGCGGCACCCGACAAGCGAUGGCUGGUUUCACUCCUCAGCCCGACGAGGGUUACUCUGAACAUCCCUUGACCGCUUUCUCCGCCCCGGUACCUUUCUCGCUCAAGUCGCGCGAGGACGCCCUCACGGCAUUGGGUUCAAGCCGGUCACGCGAUGAGUUUCCCCCAUGGUUGAUACAGCACCUAUCUGGACUUUCCAUCACUCGCAAGACCGAGCUUGCCAUGGCCCUUCUCCACGAUCUCCCCACAAGCGUCAUUUCCCAAAUCGUCGGGAACCUCCACCCCCGCCUAUACAUCGAUUUCGUGCGUUACCUACCUCCCGAAGUGUGCCUCAAAGUUCUAGAGUACCUUGACCCCGUCUCGCUCAUCAACGUCGCACGAUGCUGUCGGGCAUGGUACGAUCUCGCUUUGGACCGGAAGCUGUGGGAGCAGCUGUAUUAUCUCGAAGGAUGGAAAGCAUUGCCUGCCGAGAUCGUCGCGGCGGAGCGGGAGAUCAACAAACCGUCCUCCUCUGCGCAUGGUGCGCUGCAACGGCCGCAAUUCGGAGACAAGGGUCAUGCGCACAAAAAGCGCGCGCUGUCGCUAUCACCAACGCUAGGCGCCGAUACAGACACGGUGAUGGUCGAUGCAGGGACCGGUGUCGGACAGGAACCGACGAACAUGACGUUGGAGCAGAUCAGCAUCUUCGGCGGGCCACGCAACCCUGCUCCGAAGAGUGGUAUGCCCCAGCAAAUGGUCGAUCUCGACACCCCGAACCCAAUGACAAGGUCCACUUCUAUGGGCAAAGCAAUGAACAAGGGGAAAGGGAGAGCUUUGUCCCCGGGGCUAAGGGGGCCCACACCUACCAAGCCCUCGUUCUUGGAAACAGUGAUGGACACACCACGUCUGCCUAAGUCGACGUUGUGGACUUGGGAUGGAUCGUCCACUCAAUACAGAAUCAACUGGAAGUAUCUCUACACCAUGAGGCGGCGGCUUGAAUCAAACUGGGAGCGUGGGAAGUAUGUCAAUUUCCAGUUUCCGCAUCCCGCCUACCCGGAGGAAGGUCACGGGGAGUGCGUCUACAGCCUCCAACACAAUUCACAGUACCUCGUUAGUGGGAGCCGAGAUCGGACGCUGAAGGUGUGGGAUAUGAAGUCGCGGCGGUGUCUUCGCACUCUGGCCAAACACCGAGGGUCCGUUCUCUGCUUGCAGUUCGAUUCCAGCCCGGAAGAGGAUUUGAUCGUCUCAGGCAGCUCGGACUCGGAUGUCAUCAUCUGGAGGUUUUCAACUGGAGAGCCGAUCCAGAUUCUCAAGAACGCGCACCGGGAAUCGGUGCUUAAUGUGAGGUUCGAUCAGCGCAUCCUGGUGACCUGCUCCAAAGACAAGACGAUCAAGGUUUUCAACCGCAAGCCGCUUCGCCACGGCGACCUGGGAUAUCAAGAAGUGGAUCCGGUACCGAGAAAUGUGAAGGACUACGGCUACAACCUGCCCAUGACGCCUGACGAUUUUCCGGUGGUCCCGGCGUGGACCAUGAUCGGGUGCCUGGAGGGCCACGGUGCCGCCGUCAAUGCUGUGCAGAUCCACGACCGCGAGGUGGUGUCGGCUAGCGGAGAUCGCUAUAUCAAGGUCUGGGACUGGCCAACCCAGGUGUGCACGCGGACGAUUGUCGGUCAUCACAAGGGCAUUGCCUGCGUGCAGUAUGACGGUCGUCGCAUUGUCAGUGGCAGUAGUGAUAACGAAAUCAAGGUGUUUGACCGCCAGACCGGGCUGGAGGUUGCCACUCUCCGUGCCCAUUCCAGCCUGGUACGCACCGUGCAGGCCGGCUUCGGGGAUCUCCCCUACAGCGUCGAAGAUGACGCUGCCGAGGCCAAGAAAGUGGAUCAAGAGUACUUCAAGGCGGUUGAGAUGGGCUUGAUCGACGAGCGGGAGAGGCCGAGGUCGGGAAGGCGUCCCGCGAAUGCUGGGUCUAGGCGACCAGAGGAUAUCUGUGCGUACGGAGCCAAGCUCCCCCCCGGAGGAGGAGGCGGCAAGUACGGGCGGAUUGUCAGCGGGAGCUAUGACGCCAGCAUCAUCAUAUGGCGGAGAGACAAGGAAGGCGUCUGGAAAGACCAACAUCACUUCAAGCAGGAGACGGCCGCCGUUGCCGCCCUACAGCAUGAUCGCGCGCAGUCGUCUGUGCCCCUGCAUCCCUCGGUGCAGAAUCUUGUCAGUCGCGAAGCCCUCAGAGCGAUGAGAACGGCGGCAAGCGGGCCUUUUGCUACAGCGCCUGUCGCCGCAGGAACCCCGACGACCGCGCCAGCCACAGCAUCGCGUUUAGGAACGGCUAGUGCUUCCCCAGGUCCCUCAGCAAUUGGGCAGACGCUGCCGCCACUUAGCACGCUUACCACGGAUUUGGGCCAGGCGGACGCUGCGCCGGGAAUGCCCCAGCAGCUCUGCCAGGUAAUCGACAGCGUUGUGCAGGGCGGUCAGCAUGCCCUAGCGCAAGCCCUCGCAGCUUACCCCCAAAUCCUCAGCCAUCGGAGCUACGUGGAGGCCUGCAUCGACCGGCAGCAGAACCCGGUUCUCAGAAGCCAGCUUCGGCAGACGUACUCGAGCGCCCUUAUGAGGGCGCAGUUCGAGCAAGCACGGCAAAGACGCGAGGCGCUACGAAAUCAAGAGGAUGCGGCAUCGGGGUCUUCGACCGCCGGCCAGGCUUCGAUGGAGGGGAUUGCUGGCAGCCAACCGACCCCGGCCCAGCUGGCAGCCGCCUCUGCAAACCAGGCACACGCGCAAGCCCCUCCCCAAGGGGCAUCCAUGCAUCAGGUACCCCAUCCUGUUCCUGCUGUUGUUCCCGCUGCUGCUGCUUCUGCUGCUGGUGGUUUUACUGUUCCUGCUUCCGUUGCUGGGCCCGCCGUUGCCGGGUCCGGGGCUGACCAUGGUCUGAACCCUCCUCCUGUCCCGCCCCCGCCUUCGCCCUUAGGUCAGCCGCAAGCGCAAGCGCAGGCGCAGCAGCAACCGCACAUUGCCCAGGCGCCUGCACAAUUCGAGGUCGUUGACCCAGCUAACCCUGCCCGGGUGUUCAAGCUGCAAUAUGACGCGCGACGCAUCAUCUGCUGUAGUCAGAGGAGUGUGAUUGUCGGGUGGGACUUUUGCAACGGAGACCCGGAGCUGGAGGAGGCCAGUCGGUUUUUUGGGUCCGUGGAUUAACGGGUUGGAAGGCGUUGGAACGAAGGGAGAUGGUUAGGAUGCAUGAUUCUUGGAUUCUCGGGUCUCAGGCAUGAAGGGUUUUUGAUAAUUGACGAUGGGAUGGAGACGCGCCGUACAUAGCGUCAGGGGGUCAGCGAAACUGUACAUUUAACU